AUGGCCGCCUCUACCCUGUCCGUCUGCUCCAGUGACCUGAGCUACAGCAGCCGUGUCUGCCUGCCUGGUUCCAGUGACUCUUGCACUGACGCCUCCUGGCAGGUGGAUGACUGUCCAGAGAGCUGCUGCCAGCCCUCCUGCUGUGCCCCCAGCUGCUGUCCAUCCACCUGUUGUGUCCCCAGCUGCUGCCAGCCCUCCUGCUGUGCCCCCAGCUGCUGUCCAUCCACCUGUUGUGUCCCCAGCUGCUGCCAGCCCACCUGCUGUGUCCCCAGCUGCUGUCCAUCCACCUGUUGUGUCCCCAGCUGCUGCCAGCCCUCCUGCUGUGCCCCCAGCUGCUGCCAGUCCACCUGCUGUGUCCCCAGCUGCUGCCAGCCCUCCUGCUGUGUCCCCAGCUGCUGCCAGUCCACCUGCUGUGUUCCCAGCUGCUGUGCCCCAGCCCCCUGCCAGACCCUCAUCUGUGCCCCAGUGAGCUGUGCAUCCAGCCCCUGCUGCCAGGUGGCCUGUGGGCCCAGCCCCUGCCAAUCAGCCUGCACCAGCUCCUGCAUACCCUUGUGCUGCCAGCAGUCUAGCUGCCAGCCUUCCUGCUGCACCUCCUCCCCCUGCCAGCCCUCCUGCUGUGUGCCUGUCUGCUGCAAGCCCAUCUGCUACAAGCCCGUCUGCUGCACUCCCUGCCCCUCAUCCUGCUGCAGACCCUCCUCCUGCGUGUCUGUCAUCUGCCGCCCUGUGUGCAGACCCGCCUGCUAUGCGCCCAUCUCCUCCUGCUGUGCCCCCACCUCCUCCUGCUGCCAGCCCAGCUGCUGCCGCCCAUCCUCCUGCGUGUCCCUCAUCUGCCGCCCCGUGUGCAGACCUGCAUGCUGUGUCCCUGCCUCAGCCCAGAAGUCCUGCUGCUGA